UUGGCAGUUUGUUUGGUUUGUAACAUCAUCUCGCCAGAGUAACGUAUAAAAACCGCAUAACGUGCUCUAUAUUCAAACUAUAAAUAAUUUGGAUAUAAAAAAGAAAUACAACAUACUCUAAUAACAAGCCGUAGAAGAAGAACAUCAAACAGGAGGAGAACAAGAAGAAGAAGAAGAAAAAAGAAAUAUUCUUCAAAAAAAAAAAAAAAAAAAAAAAGAAAAGGGUUUUUAAAGAGCAAAAAAGAAAUAAUAAAUAAAAACCAAAACUGCAAGUGUUAAUUUUUGCGAAAUCAAAAAAUUAACAAUUUAACAAAACGAAAAAUUGUUAAAAAUUUCUGUUCAAAGAAAAUUUUGUGUGCCGAGAAUUUUGAAGCGAGAAAAAACGUUCAAGUUUUUCCUAAAGUGAAACACAAACAUGGUACUACUUUUCAUGAGCUCAGCAAAAAAGUUAUGCUUUCCUAAACACCAGCAAAACAACAAUAACAACUUAACAACGUUUUACUCAACAUAACAAAGAACUUUUGUUGUAAUUGAAAACCCACUACAUUAAAAAUACCAAUAACAAAAUCAGGAAUCUUCGUAAAAAAAAUUCACGUUUUUUUGAGAGGAACUUUGUUUAGUGUAUAGUUUUCAGUUCACUUUUUUAGGUAUUCACCUGCACUCCCCAUCUAAGAAAUAUCUAUAUAUUAUUGUUAAUUCCAUUUAGUUACUAUUUUCAUUAGAAAAAAAAAAACUAUUUAUAAUUUAUUAAACCCCAUAAAGUCCCGCUUCAUAAAUUAUUUAUAAAAAAAAAAACAAAGAGGCUUUUUUCCCCCCACCACAGACGUUAAUCUCUGUUUACCCCUAAGGCGGUAGAUAAAUUAACGUUAAAUAUAUUUCCAAAAGAAAAAAUAAUUCUAAUUAAAAAAAAAGUAUUUCUUUAAGUAUUCCUGUCGUCAUUUCGGCCAGGUUUUAAAAAAUUUCCCUCAACUGAAAACCCCGAAAAAUGAAAUUUAGCAAAAUGAAAUUUAAGCGCAAAUUUGGUGGCUUAAAUAUUUGAAAACAAAUAUUUAUUUUUCCUAAAACAACAAAAAAAAAAAAUCAAAACAAGCAAAACCAAAGCAAACAACCAUCCUUUCCUUAAACUCCAAAAGAACACAUAUACACUCACUCAAAAUUUCAAUACCCUACCAGCAUUUUUAUUGAAAGUUCGAAAGGAUUUGCUUUUGGCUAAACACCCACUGAUUUUUUUCAAAGUAUUUCCCAAGCAAAAAAAUAUUUAUAAGUUUGCAUCUUUUGUCCGUCUGGCUGUCUCUCGUUCUGUCAUUGAUUUUGUUUUUAAAACAAAACUAAGGAAAUCCUUAACGCCGCUCAUCCUCUCAAAUAGAAAGCCAAGCUUUAUAAUUUAAGUCAUCUCCCAUUACCUCUCGAUAUUCUCUUUUGUUAUUGUCAUCGUUGUUGUUAAUUUUGUAAUACGAAGAAGAAAAACCCAAAACAAGAAAAAAACUACCUGAAAGCAUUUCGCAAAACAAAAGCUCAUUAGCAGAACGUUUUCAUCAUGGAGCCUUUUACACCGGAAGUCCUGUGGAUUGUUAUUGUCGGUUUUAUUAUUGCCUUUGUCUUGGCCUUUGGCAUUGGUGCCAAUGAUGUGGCCAAUUCGUUUGGCACAAGUGUUGGAUCUGGCGUUUUGACCAUACGGCAGGCAUGUGUUUUGGCCACCGUCUGCGAAAUAUCGGGAGCUGUAUUGAUAGGCUACAAGGUUUCAGAUACCAUGCGUAAGGGCAUUCUCGAAGUGGAACUCUAUGAAGGCUAUGAAGAUGAGUUGAUGUUGGGCUGUUUGGCUGCCCUGGCCAGUAGUGCCAUAUGGCUGUUGGUGGCCACAUUCUUGAAGCUACCGAUUUCCGGUACCCAUAGCAUUGUGGGCUCAACUAUUGGCUUCUCGUUGGUAGCCAGAGGCACCCAGGGUUUGAAAUGGUCAACCAUGGGUACCAUAGUUGGUUCUUGGUUUAUAUCGCCGGUCUUAAGUGGUUUAGUUAGUAUUUUGCUAUUUUUGGCAAUACGCAAAUUUAUAUUGAGAGCCGCUGAACCGCUUAAAGCCGGUUUCCGUUCGUUGCCCAUAUUCUAUGGUGUGACAUUUUUCAUAAAUGUCAUCAGUGUUAUGUUGGAUGGACCAAAGUUGCUUUAUAUGGAUAACAUACCCACCUGGUUGGCUGUGACUGUUAGUGUGGCAUUGGGUCUAUUGGUGGCCGUAUUGACUCAGCUGGUGUUGGUGCCUAUGCAGAAGCGUAAAAUUGCCAAACAAUUAAGAUCUAAAAAUCCUGUCAAAUUUCAAUUUGAGGAUUCUGUGGAAUCCUCACCGUCCGGUAGCCCUAAGAAAAAUCGUCGUCCUCUCAGUUUGGUGAGCGAUGGCAAACAACUGCCUGCAAUUGCCGAAAUUACCGAGCUGGUCUCGUUGACAGACAAUUCGCCAAAAACCUUUAAGCUAGCCCCCUUUAAUUUGAACGGCACGAAACCGUUGAACGGCGGCACCACACCCGAUGGCUAUAAAAUCAAUCCGGAAAUCAUCAAAAAGGCCGAAGAUCUCUUGGGCAAAGCCAGUCUGGACAAUACCGAUUUGACUAUAACCAGUUUGAAUUUUAUUGACGAACAGGCCAACGGCAAUGGAAAUGGCUUGAAUGGUCUGAAUGGUCUCCACAAAACGACACCCAAGGAUAAUUUGAAUUCAUUGGAAGCUUGUUUUAAGCCACCACAACAAAUAUCUGCCACUCAGCAAACAAAUGAGCUUCCUAAUCUAAAUGCCAAUGUCAAUGCAACAGCAAAUAACAAUAGCUUACCACCACCGCCACAAUCCGCAUUGAAAGUUUCCGAUACGCUGGACAUGGAUGAAUGUGAUAAGGCAACAGCAAGCUUGAUGCCGAACAGUAUUGAAAAUUCGAAAAAUCUCAAAGUCAUUGAGAGUGGUAGCAGUCUGGACAUGAUGAUUUCCUCAACGCUGUCGCCAAAUUCCAGUAAAGUUCCUUUAAUUGAGAGUAAAGAAGCCAUUAAUGAUUUUAAGAAUCCCUCAACGGAACACAGCGACGAGGAGACGGAAGAAGUUUCAAUGCUAUUUUCAUUUUUACAAAUUUUAACCGCUACAUUUGGUAGUUUUGCUCAUGGUGGUAAUGAUGUGAGCAAUGCCAUUGGCCCCCUAAUUGCUUUAUAUAUGAUUUAUCGUGAAGGUUCUGUUAUGCAAAAGGCCGAAAGUCCCAUAUAUAUUUUGAUAUAUGGUGGUAUUGGCAUUUCUAUAGGUCUAUGGCUAUGGGGUCGUCGUGUUAUUGAAACCAUUGGCAAUGAUUUAACCAAAAUUACCUCAUCAACUGGUUUUACAAUUGAAAUUGGUGCUGCUAUAACUGUACUGCUGGCCAGCAAAGUUGGUAUACCAAUUUCCACGACCCACUGUAAAGUGGGUUCGGUGGUAUUUGUCGGUCAUAUAGCCUCCAAGGGAGCCAAAAAAGACAACAACAACAGCAAUAAUGGUGACACAAAGCAAUCAACAACAGCAACAACCACUAAAACCGAACUAACCAAAGAUGAUAUGCAAGCUUUAGAGAAUGGUCCCGAAACAGCGGCCAAAGGUCAUGGUCAUUCCGAUGGCAGUGUUGAUUGGCAUUUAUUCCGUAAUAUUGCCUAUGCUUGGAUUGUUACGGUACCCGUAACGGCAUUACUGAGUGCAGCAAUAAUGUUUAUUUUAUGUGUGUCAACCGGUGUUUAAGUCAAAGGAAAAACGGAUGGUUUUUAAAUUAUUUAAAAAAAAUAGUACUUAGCAUGCAAACAAGAACAACAAUAGUUUACAACAAUAGAUUAUACAAAAAGAAUACAAAUAAUUGUCAAAGCAGAGUUAAUUCCAUAAUAAAAAGCAGAUAAUAUUAUAACAAAAAGCCUGCUUAGUUUGUAUAACAGUUUUAAUUUGUUUUUAAACUUUUUGUUUGUUUUCUUUUCAAAACUCUGCUCUACAAUUCAGUUUUAAUUUUUCUUUGUAUGAAACUAUAAACCUAACGAACUAUCAAUAUUUUUGUAUAACAGUUUUUGUAUAACACUUUUUAAACACCAGCACCACACCACACCACACCACCCAGGGUAUACAUGUUUUAUGUUAUAUUGUAUUGUUUAAUUAUUACAACUUUCUUUCCCCGUAUUGAACAGAUGAAAUACAAAUUUUUAGUUUUGUUUUAAGAAAACGCAAACAAAUAUUUUUUUUUAAUUUUUUUAAAAUGGCUUAGUGUAAAGCAAACAUUUGUGAUUGUAAUUAUUUGAGAGAAAGGUGGAAUUAUUCAAAAUUUUUAUUUAUAACCAAACAGAAAUUAAUUUUUUGUUGUUAAAUAAUGAAUAUACAAAUUUCUUUUCUUCAGCGACCCAUAGUGAAAUCCGGUGUAGAAUAAUUUCUUUAUGGACAUCAGGUCCCUAAAAACACUUUGUGGCGCUCCAAUGGGCCCUGAGACAAAAAUAUACAAAAAUAACCUAACAUUUGUGUAUCUAAAUUUAAAAUUACUUUUUUCUUGAUAUCUAUUAAUGCUACAGAUUUCCUCUAUUUGGUGGCUUAUAGCAGAAUUUGUUGAAGAAUUUUUCUUCUAUUGACACCUUGCCAUAAAACUAAAGUAUUGUGGGUCAAAUGGCCAGCAAGCUGAAGCUAAUAGGAAAUUUACCCAAAAACUGAUUCAAUUAAAAAAAAGAAUAUUUCGUUGUUAAAUAUCGAUUAUAUAAAUUUCGUUUGCUCAGUGAUCCACUAUGGAAUUCGGUGUAGAAUAAUUUCUCCAUUGACAUCAAGUCCCUAAAAUGCCUUAUUUGCGUAUUAAUUUGAUCUUCAUGGGAUUAAUACAAAAAUAACUUAGGAAUUCGACAUUAAAAUUUGCAGCCACCCUUUUCUAGGUAUCUGCUAGAGCCUCAGAAUCCUUUUUAAAGAAGACUCAUAAUAAAAUUUUCUGUAGAAAAUAUUCUUCAUUGACAGCCAAAGACAGAAAUUAAGUUUUAUGGGUCAAACUGCCAUCAACAUGGAACCUGACCUAAAAAAAUAUUAAAAAAAAAAUUAAUAAAUAAUUAAUAAAAAAUUUAAACCAAAUUAAAAUGAAUAUUUCUUUGUUAAAUAUUGAUUAUAUACAUUUUCUUUGUUCCGUGACCCUCUAUCGAAUUCGGUGUAGAAUAUUUUCUCCAUUGACAUCAAGUCCCUAAAAUGCCUUAUUUGGGUACUAAUUUGCUCUCCAUGAGUUAUACACAAAAAAUAACCUAAAAAUUCGUCAUCAAUAUUUUAAGUCAUCUUUUUCUUGGUAUCUGUUUGAGCUACAUAAUUCUUUUUAAAGAAGACUCAUAAUAAAAUUUUCUGUAGAAAAUAUUAUUCAUUGACAGCCACAAACAAAAAUAAAGUUUUAGGGGUCAAACUGCCAUCAACAUGGAACUUAACCUAAAAAAUUUUAAAAAAAUUAAACCAUACUAAAAUGGGCAUUUCUUUGUUAAAUAUUGAUUAUAUAAAUUUCGUUUGUUCAGAGACCCUCUGUGAAAUUUAGUGUAGAAUAUUUUCUCCAUUGACAUAAGGCGCCUAAAAUGGCUUAUUUGGGUAUUAAUUUGGUCUUUAUGAGAUUAAUACAAAAAUAACCUAGGAAUUCUACAUUAAAAUUUGCAGCCACCUUUUCCUAGGUAUCUGUUAGAGCUACAAACUUCAUUUUAAAGAAGACUCAUAAUGAAAUUUUCUGUAGAAAAUGUUCUUCAUUGACAGCUACAAACAAAAAUAAAGUUUUAAGGGGUAAACUGCCAUCAACUUGAAACCUAACCUAAAAAAAUAUACCAAAUAACCUCAAAAAAUGACUUGCAUUGAGAGUGCAUUUUCUUUGAGUUAGGUUUAAGCUACAGAUAUCUUUUGUAUGGAGAUUUAUAGUGAAAUUUUGUGUACUAUAUUUCUUCCAUUGAUGGUUUUUGUCAAAAACAAUGUUUUGUGGGUAAAAAAUCUACAAAGAGAAAAACCAGUCAGUUUUAGACCCAAAACACUUGGUACGAAAUGUAUGACUUCUUUUGAGGGGGUUAGACUCUAGCUGGAAAUUUCAUUUGUUCCGUGACCUAUAGCCAAAUUCAAUGAGGAAUAAUUUUCUCAUUACAACUUUGGACCAAAACUGAAGUAUUGUGGGUCAAAAUUUGUCCUUUCUACUUGUCGAACUUAAAAAACCACUUAACCUCACUUUAUAUGUUUUAAAUUAAUUUAAAAAAAAAUAAUUUUUUGCAUGAUUUUUUCUUGAAAAUUCCAUUGUUUAUAUCUCUCAACAAAAAACCAUCUUCUUUACUUGCUUUACAUUAGGGCCAUAAUUGUUUUGAGCUUGAAAUACCCAGAAAACAAAAACUGCUUCAAGGUUUUGAGAAAAAACAAAACACCAACUUAAAAUAGAAUUGAACAAAAAAUUUAAAAUAUUUUAACUAAAUACCCAAUAUAAGCCAUAAAAAUUCCUAUUCUCCAAUAAAUUCACACAGCUCUUAAAUGCAAUAACAAGGAAAUAACAACAAAACCCACAGCAACAUUUAACACCUAAUUACAAAGUAAUAAACAAAACAGAUACUGUCGUCAUAAAUAGUUAAGUUCAUUAAAGAAACCAAAAAAUAUUUUUAUUUCUUGGAUAAUAACAAAACAAAGCAUUUCAUUUAUAAAAAAAAAAAACAACAAAAAACGAACAACAAAAACAAGCAAUAGCAUUUUUUGGGUUUUUAAAUGUGAAAAAAAAUACGAGAACGAGACGAAAAUUACUUAGCUUAGCUUUAAAACAAGAAUGUGUAAAUUCUUUUGACAUUUCCAUGAUUUUGUAUUUUUUGUUUUCCCCCAAUACUCUUCCUCAUAAAUAUUUGUACUUAAUUUGUGACUCAAAUUAAAUGGUAAAUUCUAUUGGCUUUUGGGAAUUCUUGAGACAACCAUUUGCCAAUAGGAAUUGCCUGAUCUUGAGAGUCUUCAAACAUGCCGUUUUUUCGAAAUAUUUUUCCUUUUUUUAUUUUUCAAAUCUGUGUCUAUUUUUCUAUACAACAUUGAAACAAAAUCAACCACAAAUUUAACAAGAAAAAAUAAUAAUAAAAAAGAAACUGAAAAUAAUUGAUAUUAUCGCAUAAGUGAUUGCAUACAAUUAAAUGGUUAAUUAAUAUUAUUAAAUAAUUGUAUUGUAUUAAUUAACUAUUAUUAUUAUUAAUAUUAUACAAACAAAACAAACUAUUAAAACAAUGAUUGUAAAAGGAAAGAAAAGCAAAAUGCAAAACAAAACAAACAUGGAACGAUAAUCUCAAGAAUCAUAGAAAGGAAGAAGAAACAAAAAAAGAAACCUAUGUAAAAUGAAAAUUAUAAUAACUGUUUAUUAACAUAACACGAAGAAGAAGAAGACGAGUAAUU